UUCUUCUUCUUCCAAAACUUAGCUACACACAAAAUGAAAACCACAAGUCAUUUACUUUUGGAACGCAUUUGAUAAAAUUUUUGUACAUUGUAUUAUAAUAAUCUUAAAAACGCGUACCAAACUGCGUUCCGAGUUAAUAUAAAAUUGUAAGUUGUGUUAUGAAACAUGUCACUGUUGGUGACCGAGGAGCCCAGGCAAGACGUUGAAUCAGCGAAAGGAUCGAUCAAAUGUCGCAUUCCGCAAAGAUUGCCCCCUGCGCGGCCCAAACCACCUCAAAUUAGACCCAAGCCUAUUGCUGAAAUCGCGUUCUUGCGAGGGAGUUACUCUUUGUUGCAGAGAUCAAAAUUCGAUGCAGUACCACCCCAGCGAUGUACGGGCAGAGGCGCGGUUCGACCACGUUCCGAUGAGUCGAGGCCAAAAUCUGCAAAUCGUGUGAAAGAUGAACUGGGUAUAGGAAGACCAGCGCAUAGCAUGCCUCGUUCGGCCAGACCUGACCGCGAACGCUUUGCAAUGCCACUUAAAAGGCCUUCCACGAUACCUAAGAAAAUAACAGAUCAUGUCCAAGCAAACAAAACUGCAAGGGCGGUUAUAACUGUGCCUCUCAGUGGAACGCAGAGAGCUCCGAUGAAGAACACUGGCAAUGAUUUACCAGAUCAGGAAACUAUUCAAAAACAAGAACGAUGUGAGGAUUAUGAUGAUUUGGAUAGUACACCGACAGUUGACAAAGAUUCGUUGUGUUCCCGAAGUGAUAAGAUGACAAAACUUAAAAUAAGUUGGCAAGAAAACAUGGUGCAGUUUGAAAAGAUGAAAAAUGAUCUGAGGGAGCGCCAGAAAGCCAUUAUGGAACUUUAUGCACUGAUGCGAAACACCCAUCAGAAGAUGUCGAUGUUGGGCCAGAAGGCAAUCCUCCCGCCCUCGGAAGAUCUGCGUAUCAUGAACGUUGCCAAGUUGACUGCAGAACAAUUGCUCCAACUCUGUUCUGUCAGACAGCCGGAUGAUAAGUCACAAAAAACUAAAGACGGUCAAUCUUCAACAAAAACCCCAUUAGCAGUCGAUAUGAACAAACUGUACGGUAUGCCAUCGAAACUGGUUGCCACUUGCGAGCAGACUCUGUUUAAACGAAAGGAGAUUAUUGAUUGGUUUGAAUCUUUGAAGUCUGAGGAAAAGGGUAUCGCUAUGCACAAACUAUCCAAGAAGAUUAACGAAUUUAACGCAGAGAACGAAAUGUUAAAAUGCUCCUUAGAUCAAGCGAAAGCAGAAUUCGUUAAGGAACUGAAUGAAAUAAUAGAAUUCAUGCGCAAAACUACAAAUGAAACAGUAGCUCUCCAACUACGUACAGAAGAACUGACGUACGAAAUAUCGGAUCUGAAUUCGCAAAACAACGAUUUGCGAAAACAAAUUCAUAAUUCCGAUCACCUGCGUUCGCAAACUAAUAAGAAUAAAAUAGAGGAACUCGAAAAGGAACUAAAGGAGGAAAGAUGUAAGAAAAUAUUUUUGCGCGACCGUUUGGCUAAAGCAGAAGGUCAAAUUAAAAUGAACGGGGAGCGAGCAUCUCAAUUAGAGGCAGCAUUGGAACAGGCUCGCUCGCAGACUCGCACAUUGGAACGUACCAUUCAACAACAACAUGAACAGAACCAAAAGUUACAGACUGAUUUCGAUAAAGAGCUAAAUGAUUUAAGAGAAUCGAUUAGAGAAAAUACAAUGCAUUUGGAAGAAAUAGCAGAUGCUCGCGAAAAAUUACAAACAGAGAAAGAAGAUCUAGAAAAUCGUCUUGGCGACCUAUCAAAGUUCUAUAACGAAUCUCUUAAGAGUAUUAAGCAUGAUAUGAAUAUAAACGUAGCCAAGCUCAUUGAAACCGAAAAGAAAUACGAGGAACAAUCAGAACACAAGAAAGCUUUAGAAACUAAAGUGGAGACAUUAUGCUCGCAACUUUUGGAAGCGGAACUUCAGUUGAAAGAUGCAACAAAGGAACUGCUAGAUACAAAAGAACAAUUGAGUCAAGCGUUAAGCUGUGAAAAAGAAUUACUGUCUACUAAGAGGGAUUUGGAUAUAGCAGUUAUUGAAAUAGAAGAUUAUAGAACAAGACUGGCUGAACAAAGUGACACCCUAAAGGAAUUCGAAAACAACUUCAAAGAGUCUAUAAGUUUGGAAGAAAGUCUGAAAAACAAUCUAGUGAAUAAGGAGGAAUACAUUGCGGAGCUUGAGAAGAAACAGUCUUUGCUUGAACAACAGCUACACGAGAGUGAACGUAAAAUGGGAUCAUAUGAAGAACAGUUAACCAAGCUGAAAACUCAUAUCGCAGAACUGCAGGACGAUUUUGGUGAAUUCGAAAAUUUGAACGAACUUCAUGAAAUGGUAAAUCAACAACGAGCUAAGUUGUUAGAAGCAACUAGACAGAAUGGAGAACUCGCUGAAGCAUUACAGAAGAAAGAUAUGGAACUGGAGCGACAUUUGGACAGUUUCGCAGAACAAGAACAGCUGCUAGAACAACGAAACGGUGUCAUAAAGAUGUUAUCAGGAAAAGACGAAGAGCAAACUAAUAUAAUAAAACUAUUGCGCACCAAUUUGGAAAUGAGAACUCAAGCGGAUAUGGAUUUGAACCAGCAAAUAACUGAGAAGAAUGCUGAGAUUGAGGCUCUUAUUACAAAUGUGGAAACGAGGAAACAACAAAUUUCACAACUGGAAAAAAUAAUUUUGACUUUAGAAGACCAGACGCGAAAAGCGAGUUUACAGAGAAGAAAAGAUCAGGAUAAAAUUAAAUUGCUUGAGCAGAAAAUAACAGAAUACGAACAAUACCACUUGGAGAAUAGACACAUUGAAGUGCCUUCCAAUAAUUUAGACAGCUUAAUCAAAAUUUUAGAAGAUGAACUUGGAACUUCUUUAGAACCGACGCUGCAUAAGGAACAUGACUUCACACCCGCGAAAAAGAAAUACUUAGGUGAGCGCAGACGAGAAAAACUUGAAAAUAUUGAAUGUCACAAAGGUCAAAAUCCUUCCAUCCACGAAACACAGCCAACAAAAAUUGUCAUGAACAAUUUUAAGACUUACAUCACAAGCACUGACGAACAAUUUAAAGGGGAUACCCUCGAUCGCAAAAAAGCUAUUACUAACAUGGACACACAGAAAUGGGUUCCUGCUCCUGAGCCCAACAUUAACACGUACGGUAAUACCACGAUCAAAGACAAUAACUAUCCGCCAUUCAGAGGACUGCUGCCAGCUGGUAGUCACCUAAAAGAUAAUUUGCUGUCCAGAAAUAUACAAUUGUUAACGAGCAAUCAGCUGCGUGAUGAAAAAAAAUGUAAGAUGUUUAAAAUUGCCGGCCAUAGGCUAUGA